CCCUCUCUCUUUCUUCACUCCUUUUUCUUUCCAAACAGGGAAAAGUGUUCCACGAAGCGGUAGCGCCUUUCUGCCUCGCCUGUGUCUCCCUGACCCUGCUGCGGGCUUCCGUCCCCGCGUGAGCUGUUCGGGAGAGCGCUGGAAGACCCUCUGCGCCCCAGAGCGCAGGGCGCGGGGAUCCGGACGCGGGGCCGCCUCCCGCGGCCGCACAUGGCUGCGGCCGCCCCGCGCGCACCCCGAGGCACCGCGCCCUGCUCGCCCAAGGUGCGUCUGCUGCACCCCGCCGCCAGGGAGCCAGGCUGCAGCUGAGCGGGGACGUGCCCGCUUUCAGGGACCGGGAUGUUCCUCCUCCUCCUCUUGCUAGUUUCCUUUUAUGUUGGAACCUUGGGGACUCACACUGAGAUCAAGAGAGUGGCAGAGGAGAAGGUCACUCUGCCCUGUCACCAUCAACUGGGGCUCCCAGAAAAAGACACCCUGGAUAUUGAAUGGCUGCUCACCGAUAAUGAAGGCAAUCAAAAAGUGGUGAUCACUUACUCCAGCCGUCAUGUCUACAACAACCUGACUGAGGAACAGAAGGGCCGAGUAGCCUUUGCUUCCAAUUUCCUGGCAGGAGAUGCCUCUCUGCAGAUUGAGCCUUUGAAGCCCAGUGAUGAGGGCAGGUACACCUGUAAGGUGAAGAAUUCAGGGCGCUAUGUGUGGAGCCAUGUCAUCCUAAAAGUCUUAGUGAGACCAUCUAAGCCCAAGUGUGAGCUGGAAGGAGAGCUGACAGAAGGAAGCGACCUGACUUUACAGUGCGAGUCAUCCUCUGGCACAAAGCCCAUUGUCUACUACUGGCAGCGGAUCAAGGAGAAGGAGGGAGAAGAUGAACAUCUGCCUCCCAAAUCCAGAAUUGACUACAACAACCCUGGGCGAGUUCUGCUGCAGAAUCUCACCAUGUCCUCUUCCGGACUCUAUCAGUGCACGGCAGGCAACGAGGCUGGAAAGGAAAGUUGUGUGGUACGAGUCACGGUGCAGUAUGUACAAAGCAUCGGCAUGGUUGCAGGAGCAGUGACAGGCAUAGUAGCUGGAGCUCUGCUCAUUUUCCUCUUGAUAUGGCUGCUAAUCCGAAGGAAAGAUAAAAAGAGAUAUGAGGAAGAAGAGAGACCUAAUGAGAUUCGAGAAGACGCUGAAGCCCCGAAAGCCCGCCUUGUGAAACCCAGCUCCUCUUCCUCAGGCUCUCAGAGCUCACGCUCUGGCUCUUCCUCUACUCGUUCCACAGCAAACAGUACCUCACGCAGCCAACGGACACUGUCGACUGAUGCAGCACCCCAGCCAGGGCUGGCCACCCGGGCGUACGGCCUAAUGAGGCCAGAGGCAAAAGCUUCUGAACCAAAGAAAGUCCAUCACGCUACUCUGACCAAAGCAGAAACCGUAUCCAGCAUGACCCCCAGCCAGAGCAGAGCCUUCCAAACUGUGUGAAUUAACGUGAACUUGACUCCCAUGCUUGCCUAGAAUCAGGUCUUAGGACUCUACUAGCCAUUGGAGCUCAGCCACCAGCCACACCCCCUUUCAGAUCAGAUAAGGUGUCAUUUAAGUUGCAGUGAGCAUUGUGUGGAAUAGACUGAUGCAUGCUUUCCUUGUGUGACACCAGAUGAGCAAAGGGAUGCAAGCUGAUCAUCCCCACAAAGGCAUGCCACUAUGCCUUUAGAUUAGUGGGAAAGCAGGUGUUCAGAUCUAUUUGUUGACCAGGAACUAUGAUGAAAAUGUUGGGUAAAUAUGAGGUGAAUACACCAAAACUUCUUACCUGGAUGUUGUACACAUCAUUGUCAAGAAGAUGAGGGGUAUUGUUUGUAAAUUUUCUAUGCAUUUCUGAAAUCUACUGGAUUACUGUAAUUAUACAGAUACUGAAGCAGAACCCACAGCCUUAUUCUAUCACACCCAUCUUUACCAUAUAACCACCUGUAAGAAACUCCAAAAAACAAAACACAUCUCUUCUAUUUUGACUUGACUGCAUUUGUCCUAGGUUCCCAGGGGUUUAAACAGUGGAAGAUGAUGAAGAUUUUCUCACACUCUAUCUAUUGAUGAUCUUCCUAGUUAACUAAACCCUGAAGUACACUAAGAAGUGAGUCUAGAAUGUGACAAGGGACAAUGAAAAGCUUUCCAUCCUAAUGAUGUCUUCGUGAUUGCCGGCCAACACCAGAAAUAUAUACUGGAGUAACUGAGGAGUUUUCUCUCAAAUUAGAUGCCCCUCAAGGGCUUUUUCCUGCUUAAGAGAAAGAAAAUAUUCAUUAUAUGCCAUUUAACCAUAUCCCAAGAAAGAAAUCUAGAUAAA